ACUCCGUGUAUGUCCCAUUAGCUAUGCAUGUAUUCUGAAGCUUCGCGACCAGUGCGCCUCCGUUGUUCGAUCUCCGCAGCCAACGAUCAACGAUCGACGAUCGGCGUUUCUUCCUGCUCCAGCAGCAGCAGCAGCAGCAGUGACUUCGUCCAGUGACUUCGAGCAUGAGCGGGAACUCGUAAUAUCUUCAUUUGUUUAGAAGCGGUGCUCGCGAGUGGUCGUAUCUGGUGCGCGUGAACGAAGAUGUGAAUCUCGUGGCGUUAGUGCUACUAUCUGCUGAUAAACCAGUGACAGUGAUUGUAGAUAAAAUGUGUGUGUGUGUGUUUUAUUUUCUGGUGGUGAGCUGAUGCGAUAGGCAAAAAAAACUAACUAAGCCGAACUGACCUAUCGAACACAGAUCAACUAUCGUACCGUGUGUGGAAUAGUCAUUUAAAUUAAUUAUCAUCCACAACUCGGCAAAGCCUGGUUGAUGUGGUGAUCUCAUGAAGCUAAACGACUUUUAAUUUCUACUCCAUACGCCUUCCUGUGUGCAAGACACGCUUGUCAUCAAUUCGUUAAAAUAUUCUUACACUACUGAACUGAGACGUAGUGAAUGAAAGUGUUAGCGACCAGUUCGUCGUAGCCCAGUGUACAUUGUGGCAGUGUUCUAAGUGGACUGUUGUUAUGAAUGAAUUCAUCUUACGUAAAGAAGGCUGUCAAGCAAACGCGGCUGUUCUAUAAGUGGUGAAUGACGCGAGUGAUAAAAAGCGAGGUUGUGGUGUAAGUGCGGUGGAAUUAAAGAAGAAUAAUCGACGCAUUCUUUGCUCCGGCUGACAACGGAAGUGACUCGGGGGGCCGAAGGUGUGACUCAACGAAUCUACGGCCUGUGGUGAUAUGAUUCAAACCGGAGCAAGAAGCGGCUCGGUUGCUUUGGGAAACCUUCUCCAUUUGAGAGGGCUGUUGUUACACGUUGCGUGACAGUGUGGUUAUAUAUCACUUGUGAUACAAGGUUACGAGUCAACAUACGAUGCCGACGUUUCUCGUGAUUCAGUAGCGGCUUCUGGAACGAUUGAGGAAAUUGAACAUCAUACAACAGCAUCAUUAUGGAUUCGCUUAAGUUGGAGGUGGCAUGCAAGACUUCUCGAAGGAUGAUCUAGGACUUCUGAGUUCCAGUGGCGUCAGUAACGAGAAAGAUUCUCUCGGACAUUCGCACAUACAUCAAGAUCACCACACCGUUCACCAGAGUCAUCUGAGUUCAACUGGAAGUGGGAACUCGGUUGGGCUUGUAGUUGAUGAGAUUAAGCUAACAAACAUACCGGAUCUUCUGGAGCCGGGCGAUGCGAACAAGUUGGAAGAGACGGAACGUGAUUUAUAUCCCUGGCAUACGGGAGCAAACAUUGGGAGUAGAUUUUUACGCAGUUCAGAUGAUCCAUUGAUCUCCGGUGGUACCAACGAUAAUCCGCACGAUAAUGAGCUUAGUGUGUCCUCGGUCAGCCAGUCUAUGUGUCCAUCGCCAACUACACCACCGCCAAAACAUCGCCAUCCGAGCGUCGUAUUGUCGCCGGACCUUACGGAAACGACUCUCUCGCCCUUACCAACGCCACCAAAAGCUGGCCCAACCGCAACGCAUACGAAGGAACAGUCCCAGAAGCGCACCAACAGUGCUCCUAGGGCGCGCCGAAAGGGACCGCUCAAGCUGCGGUUUCAUCACCAGGCACUGCCCCAGGAAUAUCUCGACCACUAUGAGGCAACGCAAAACAAUCUGCAAAAGAAGGAUCUUGCGUCAAAUCAAUCGAAGUCGUCGCGCCAACAGACGAAACCAAACCACCAAUCGGUACACUCAUCAAGGAAGGUAAUGAUGGAACGUCAGGCUGCAUUGGAGCGUGAGGAACGAACGAACGAGUCGGUCCGCAGCUGGCUACAGAAGAUACUCGAGCUGCAAAAGGAAGGUGUGUCAAUGGCACCGCUCAAGGACGAGGUAGUUCAACCGUCGCAGACAUCGCCGGGUAGUGUAGCGAGCGAAAGCAGUACUAGCAAUCAAAACGGUGUACAGCAGAAACGGAUCGUUAGCUAUACCGAUCUACCGUACAUGGGUGAAAUAACGCUAGAGAACUCGAAACCGAGACGCGGAAGAAAACCAAAAAAGGCUGAUAUAUGUCAUUUAAUCUACAAGAACUACGGCACCAUUCUCCCGGGCACUCCUAGUCGAGAGCUCGGUUUGGAGAAAGGGAUGCUAGCGAAAGGAUGCUCAAAGUCGGUCGCCAGCCUCCUUGAGCGACGUCUAACGUCGUCCGACGAGAGGAAGCAACUAUUUGCAGGCGACAAUAAACCACCAGAACCUCUGGAGCAGUCCAACAGUAAAGGGCGCCGGAAAGAGGAACCGCUCAAUUUGUGCGUUCGUGAUUCGGGAGGCAAUGUCCUACCGGCUGGUGGUGAAACGUUUAGUGUUUCCAGCUCCGAAGAGGAAACGGACGAAGUGUUUGCAUCCUCGUGCCCGACACCAAUCAUAACACCUUCGGAUAUUUGUACUGAUCAAGCGCUGGCUGCCAACAUGAAGCUCUCACUGCCAACUCUGCAAUCAUCGUUCGGCAGUACUACGGAGACUCCUUCGACUGCCGAAACUCCACCCGGAUACAUGUAUUGGUCUUCUGGUACGAAUGGUCUUUUUGCACAUCCGAUGUCGAUGUACAACUCACCGCCAGUUCCCGCUGCUGAAGGUCAUGGGAAGCUUUCAGAAGAUCACCUUGGUAAAGAUAUUCGUACAGUAGCAACCUCUCCAAACGCAUCGUCUCCUCCGAUCUCUCCAACUGCUGCGAAAGUUAAUCAGCAGCAUCCGCUACUUGUUCCGAAGCACAUAUCGCAGUUAAUAAAGAACGAUAAGCAAUCACCACCAAAUACCGGCGCAGGACAGCGAUCACCACCGGUACAGAAACGUAAACGAUCCGCCAUUUUUAUACCACCAGUUCCGGCAGAGAACAGCCCCAAUCCGGCGACGGAGGUUAGCAUCUGUAAGUUUAAAUUCACCGGAGGAGCCAAACCUUGUCUUCAGGAGAAGAAGAUACUGAGUGUUGACUCGGGCGGUAACUUCCGGUACUACUCUGGCACGGGUGAUAAGUCGAUGCGCGGUUACGAGUUCUUCCCGAGGGAAAGCCUCCAGCAGAGCAGCAUCAACGCGACCAGCACGACAGGUGCAUUUCUGAAUGCAUCCGGUGAACGAAUAGCUUGCGAUCUUCCGCCACCCUCGUUGGGUUUGAGUAACGAUCUGCUUCAAAUACCCGAGUUCCCAACAUCACCACAACCGUGUGGCUCACUGCAAGGCGAUUCAUCAUCUCCAGUUCCGUACAGUGGAAACACACAGUGUCGGAUGAAUACGGCAAGCAGUGUGUCGGAACGAAGGCGUCGGAAAACGCGUCGUGCAACGCAACGAGAAUCGCUUGAGAAAACGUUCAAAGAGAAGGGCUUUCUCAUCCAGACUCAGCAGCUACAAUCGGCCGAAGGUGCGACCUACUGUAAAUUCAGACAAUUACGCAAAUUUACCCGCUAUCUUUUCCGAAGCUGGAAAGACUAUUUGCCAGGAGAGCUACAGCAACAGCAGGAACAACAGGCACACCCACUGCAGGAAGGAGAACUUUCUAACAUGACUCUGCCAGCAACGGUCGUUACCUCCACCCGGGAGGUACCACAAGAGGAUCACAUUAUCGACGAGGAAUCGUUACUAACAUCUUCGACAAGUAGCAUACGAAUGGACACGGUCGAUGUAUGUGAGCACCGAAACUCUCCGGACAGAGCAGUGCCAUCCGGAGCGUAUCAUCGCAUGGAACGGAAAGAUUCUCCAUCAAGCGUUACAUCGCAGCACGUCCAUUCCGAAACGUUAGUGAUCGAUACCGCGUAUCUUCGACAUGGAAGAUCCUCACCAGUGAUCAACUACGGUCCAGCGGAGGACGCAAGAAGUGUCCUGCCAUAGUUAGUGCCCUUCUUCAAACAUAUCACCUUCUUUGAAUUUACGAAUAGCCAAGACCAAAGAGUAUGUUUAAACUAGCUAGGGAAUGCGUUAGUCGUAAGUCAGCUUCGAUGGAAAACUUCAGACUUUUAUUUAAAUUCCUUUGCUUUCUGCAUCUCCCCCAAUAUAAUCGCGCUGCCAAGCAAGUGCGACGCUUGCCAUUUUUGAUUUGCAAACCAGCGAAUGGAAUCUAGUCUCUCUUAUCGUUCAUUAAUAAAGCAGUAAAAUACUACUACGAUCUGGCGCAACUAAUACUCUCGAAGGUGAAUGUAAGUUUUCCCGCGCGCUUUUUUAUAAUAGAAACAUUUUUCGACUGUGAGCCGAAUACGCAUGAAUAGAUUGCGUUAGAACGAGAAUUAAGUUAAACUGUUGUUAAUUUUCGUAGCUUGAUAACAUGGUUUAAGUUAUUAUUUUUGUUAUGUGUAAUAAAUUGUUUCAUGUAGUUCAAUUUCCACCAUUGCUCCUUUGUUGAAAAGAACCUUGAAAAUAAUAAAAUUUAAAUACAUUGGUAAAUAAUUAAACAAACAAA